UGUCACCAGGCCGCUGUGAGGCGGAGAGUCUGCGGUGCGGCGAAGUGGAAGCGGCAUGGCGGCGCCGGGGAAGGCUGAGCGUCGGAAGCGCGGGGCUGCAACCCAACCCCCCAAAGUCGAUAACACGACCCCAGCAGAUGAAUCAGAACUUCUCACUGUGCCUGAUGGAUGGAAAGAACCACCUUUUAUGAAAGAAGAUAACCCUAAAGGGCUUCUGGAAGAAAGCAGUUUUGCUACUCUUUUCCCUAAAUACAGAGAAGCUUACUUGAAGGAAUGCUGGCCAUUAGUGCAGAAAACUUUGAGUGAACAUCAUAUAAACGCAGAUUUAGACUUAAUUGAAGGAAGCAUGACUGUCAGCACAACAAAAAAGACCUUUGAUCCAUAUAUCAUCAUCAGAGCCCGAGAUUUAAUAAAACUUUUAGCCAGAAGUGUUCCAUUUGAGCAGUCUGUACGUAUCCUUGAAGAUGAUAUUGCAUGUGACAUCAUUAAAAUAGGGUCCUUGGUCAGAAACAGAGAAAGAUUUAUAAAAAGAAGACAGAGGCUUAUUGGUCCAAAUGGAUCUACACUCAAGGCUCUAGAACUAUUAACCAACUGCUAUAUCAUGGUUCAGGGGAACACUGUUUCAGCUCUUGGACCUUUUAAUGGUUUAAAAGAGGUUAGGAAAGUUGUUUUGGAUACCAUGAAGAAUAUUCAUCCCAUAUAUAAUAUCAAGACACUAAUGAUUAAGAGAGAAUUGUCAAAAGAUCCUGAAUUAAGAUUGCAAAGCUGGGAACGUUUUUUGCCCAAGUUCAAACACAAGAAUUUGAACAAACGGAAGGAACCAAAGAAGAAAAACACCAAGAAAGAAUACACUCCCUUCCCACCUCCACAACCAGAGAGUCAGGUUGAUAAAGAAUUAGCAAGUGGUGAAUAUUUCUUGAAAGAAAGUCAAAAGAAGCGUAAGAGAAUAGAAGAGAUAAAGGCAAAGCAAGCAGAAGCAAGUAGCAAGCGACAAGAGGAGAGAAAUAAAGCUUUUAUUCCACCUAAAGAAAAGCCUGUUGUAAAGCCAAAGAAAGCAUCCACUGAAACAAAGAUUAAUAUUGAAGCUAUUAAAGAAAAGGUUAAAAAAGCAAAGAAGAAGAAGCUUGGAGCACUACCAGAAGAAGAAGUUAAAUUAAAAAUUGCGGCAGAUGAAAAGAAAAAGAAACUAUCCUUAAAGUGAUAGCACUUCAUCUUUUGCAAGGAGGAAAGCUAUGAACUCCAGUUUUAUAUCUGACUUCAUUUACUUAUCUUAUUUUCAGUUAAUACCAUAGAAUAGUGUUUUCAACCUUGGGAACGAUAAGAUGGCAUGGCCAGUUGAAGUCUACCCAUCUUCAAGUUCCAAAGGUUGAGAAACACUGCCAUAGAAGAUGAAAACGUUGCAUUCCCUGAGGGAGGGAUGAAAAGACACCAUUCCAAAUUUUUAUUCUAAAACUGUCAGCUUGUUCUGUUGCAUUUUACAAUAUGGGAAAUACUUGCAUAUUUAUACUAUCCAUUAGAAUGAGCAGUUCAUUUAUAGCUGUUGGUGUAAAAGUGGUAGUAUACACAGGACUUCCAUUGAGAAGAUUUUGUACAGUGUAUAAAUAGUUACCAACACACUUGGUUUUGUUUGUUUUAUUAUAUGGGACUCUGAAAGAUAGUUGUCCAGAAUGCUGCAAGAAGUAAUAGGUUCUGAGGGCAGCUGAAACAUUUUCCAAGUAAAAAUGUAUAUUGGUUUAUUAUUGAUUUUUUAGGUCUGCUAGGCUUGUAUAAACUAUUUAAAUAUUUCCUCAAUCCUUUGGGGGGGGCUGCUUUAAGUUUUGUUUAUAUUAUUGGAGAGUUUUGCUUUCCAAAUGCUGGUUGCAUUUGAAUGUUGAGUUAUUUUGUUAAUUCAGAUCAACAAAGGGCAAGGAGUGUGAUGAACGGAAAUCAGUAGAAUUGUACUAUAUGACUGUUGUCAGUCAUAACUUUAUGCUCAGUGGAUGUUUACCUUUGGAAGAAGGCCUUUUUCUGCUACAUGUAUUUUUUUAAUUCCUAAAAAACAAUUUGAAAAUGUAUCUAAAGAUCUCUGAUGUCUGACUUCUUAUCAAUUCAUUGUUUAAUACUUUUCAGAAGUGCUUAUUUUUGGUUCCAGUUUACUUAUACAUACACACCCUGGAUAAUAUUUCUUCAGAAUGAAGACAGCUACAAAAGUCAUUAAAAAUGAAGAUGUUCUCAGGACCAGAAUGAUGAUGCAGUACAGAUCACAAUAUGGCUUCACCCAUACUUCACCUACAAAUAAAUUAAAAAAAACAUUAUUUACAGUUGCAUCUACAUUAAUGGCAAAUCACUGUAAACAUAAGAAAUUCAUGUAAGUUUGGGACUUCCUAGAUAAUUAAAGAUUGUUAUUUCAUUCA